AUGCAUGUGGCCAAGCUGGCAUAUCUUUUGGGAGGUAUCUCCAUGGCGUUGAACUUGGUCGCCAGUGUCCUUCACGGCGUUUGUCUUGUUUCAUCAGGAGCCCCCUCGAUCGAAUCGAUCACUGUCACACUCAGCGCCGCUAGCUGCCUGGUCUUGGUUGCUCUAAUACUUCUAUGGAGGAAGAAUAUUGGGCUUCGGUCUAUAGACCGUCGGGAAAGGUGGCGGACCGUAGCGUAUGGCCUCAUGUUUGCAUAUCUUGCAAUAUCCAGCGGCGUCACAGCUGGGGCGGUCGUGUGGAGCACAUCAAGACUCACGGCAAGGGGGAACAAAACGGGGACACCUUCAAGACAGCUGGGACUAUACGUAUCCAGGUCUGUGGUAUGGACAUUGUCUGUGUUUAGCCAGGGGCUGUUCGCUGGUUUUCUUUUGACAUCCUGGAUUGACAACCCCCACUAUCCGAGCUCGCUCUCGCAGGAGCUUGUGCUGCAACCAGACCAGUCGAGUCUGCAGCAUAAAAGCACUGUCAAGGAACCGGCCUUGACUAUUGGGUCACGACGACAAUCCAUUGAUCGAAAAACGAGUUGCGAUGGCAGCCUUUCCCCAAAUCAGCCAGCUACCUCGAUCGCAUCCUCUCACCGCUAUUCUGGAAGGACUUUAUUUCAACAAGAUUCUAAGCACAAUUCGCUGGACCUUCAUUCACCAGGGCUGGGUAUGCCCUCUCCUGAUUCCAACGUUUCCCGCAACAGAUUAGAAACGAGGCAGGAUGAACGGGACAGCUGCAGCAUAACUACCGAGGAGCGACAAGGGACGCGCAGAAUCCAGCGGACCCCAUCCGAGAUCAAGAGGUCUUUGGACAGUUUGAUGCUUCAGCCAUCAUCAGGCACGUCAUCUCCGGCCGCAUCGACGACCAAGCUAGGGGCUUCGCGAGCGCCUGUCACCCCGAAGCUGAACUUACCUGACGAGAGCAAUAUCCACCCAUUGUUUCGUUCCGAUAGCCCAUCGCCACCUCCGACACCGAUGCCCGGGACAAAUCUCCAUGCGUCACCCGUGGCGGGGCAGACGAUCUCGGUCAAGACGUUGAAUCGGGUGAGAUCAGCCAAUUCGCUUCGAGCUCAAGGUCCACGAAGCAGGUCUCCACUGUUUGAGCGGAUAGAUCAGCAAGGCGAGACGGCGGAGGAGCAAAGGCCGAAUCCAAGCCUUGAGAGCCAAGGCAGAUCAGAAGAAGUGUCGGCGAUACCUGGAUUCUUCAUGGCCGCGGAUGUGCGCAAGAGCAUAACCCGGUAUGAGAAGAGGUAUGAAUUGAAUGAAUCUCCAGACGAGAGCUAG